AUGUAUUGCUGCAGUGCACAAGAAAGUAAAAUGGACUAUAAGCGGCGCUUUUUGCUUGGCGGGUCCAAGCAAAAAGGGCAGCAACACCAGCAGUAUCAAGUGCCAGAACUAGGCAAGACUCUGGGUGCCUCCUUAGCACCUUCAGUUCCAACCUCUCCCCUGCUUUCCCUGGCUGCUGCUGGCAGCUGCAGUCACGCGACUCCAGUCGCAGACCUCCAGCAGGGAAUCUCCAAAUACCUAGAUGCACUCAAUGUGUUUUGUCGUGCAAGCACUUUCCUCACAGACCUUUUCAGCAGUGUAUUCCGGAACUCGCACUAUUCUAAGGCAGCUAUGCAACUGAAGGACGUGCAGGAACAUGUCAUGGAGGCAGCAAGUCGACUCACAGCAGCAAUAAAACCAGAAAUUGCAAAAAUGCUCAUGGAACUUAGUGCUGGAGCAGCCAACUUUAAAGAUCAGAAGGAAUUCAGCCUGCAGGACAUUGAGGUACUUGGACGCUGCUUUUUGACCGUGAUGCAGGUUCACUUCCAGUUUCUCUCCCAGGCUUUGCAGAAAGUCCAGCCAGUGGCUCAGUCAUGCUUCAGUGAGGCUGCAGCCCAAGGAAGAAAAGAUCCUGGCCUGAGGGAGACAUCCGGCGUGAGCCCCACAGCCGAACUGGAUGAAGCAACACGGUCCUGGAAGGGAGCAAGAGAGGCUACUUCGCGGCUUCGAGAGAAAGACGGAUGUUUGGCUGGAAUUCAGGUCCAGCAACUCUUCUGCUCCCAGAAUGUGGCCAUUCCAGAGCACCAGCUAAAAGAGCUGAACUUGAAAACAGACAGUGCUUUGCAGGCAUACAAGGUUGCUUUGGAAAGUUUGGGUCACUGUGAAUAUGCAAUGAAGGCUGGUUUCCACUUGAAUCCAAAGGCAAUUGAAGAAAGCUUGCAGGGCUGUUGCAGUGAAGCUGAAGCCCAGCAGACUGGACGGAGACAGACUCCCUCUCAGCCGAUUCAGUGUGAGCUGCCAACAGUUCCCAUCCAGAUAGGGGCCCACUUUCUGAAAGGAAUCUCCUUCAAUGAAUCUGCAGCAGAUAAUUUAAAACUGAAAACGCACACUAUGAUACAAUUAAUUAAAGAAGCUGGCUACCAUAAUGGAAUGACCCCAAGAGAUGACUCUCCUGUGACAGAAGUCCUGAAUCAAGUUUGCCCUUCUACAUGGCGGGGAGCCUGUAAAACUGCUGUACAGUUGUUGUUUGGACAAGCUGGGCUGGUGGUUGUAGACACAGCACAGAAUGAAAACAAAGAAGCUUAUGCACCACAAAUCAGCUUAGAAGGUUCCAGAAUUGUGGUUCAAGUCCCAUCAACUUGGUGCCUGAAAGAAGACCCAGCCACAAUGUCUCUGCUGCAGAGGAGUCUGGAUCCAGAGAAAAUGUUAGGACUGGUAGAUGUACUUUAUACUGCCGUGUUUGACCUAAAUCGCUGGAAAGAAGGAAGGGAGCAAGUGUUGCCCUACAUUCAGAUCCAACUCCAACGCGACAGCUCUGACUUCGGAAGUCACACUGACUUACCAUCUGGAAACGGCAGCAAAGCAACGGGUGGCUUGCAGAAGACUUUCUCAAAGUUGACAUCACGAUUUACCAAAAAAACUUCUUGUACAAGUUCAAACAACAGUGGAAAUUACUCCAUUCCUAAUAUACCUUCUAAAACCCAUUUUAUAACUAACAACUCAGAGGACAAAGCAAAACUACCAAGUAAUGCGGAUGCUCGGCUGCAAAGUAUUUUGAACCUUGGCAACUUUCCGAGGGUCCUUGAGCCCGCCCAGCUGAUGCAGAGCUCAAACCAUCAUGGAGUCAACGGCCUCCUUGAAAGGCAAGAGGGAGGCAUUGUAGAAGAUGGUAAGGAUGCCAAGGGCAUGAAUUUACCAACUGACCAGGAAAUGCAGGAGGUCAUCGAUUUCCUUUCGGGUUUCAACAUGGGCAAGUCCCAACAGACUUCUCCCCUAACGAGGAGAAGAACCUCGGUUGCCUCCUCUUCUGCAGCAGCAGAACAGAAAGCGGCUGCUGUGCAGCUGCCAUCCCUACAGUCGUCAUCUCACACCCCACUGCACCAUCUUCAGCCGGGGCUGCCCCAGCAGCCCCAUCCCCAGAAACCCCAACAGCAGCAGCAGCAGCAGCACUAUCAGCCCUUGCGCCAGCCCAUCGGGUCGCAGCAGCGCCCACCCAGUAAGUGGCCCGGGGGUCCCAACCAGCCGCCAGGCCAGACUGUUGGGCCAGGGCUGUCCUCGCUGCCUCAGUGGGGCACCCAUGCCUUCUCCGAUCUGAGCUCUGAUUUAUACAGCCUGGGCCUGGUGAACAGCUACAUGGAUAACAUGAUGUCGGAGAUGCUGGGGCAAAAAUCUCAAGGGCCGAGAAAUAACACCUGGCCAAAUCGUGACCAAAGCGAUGGGAUCUUUGGGGUGCUGGGAGAAUUUGUACCUUUUGACCCUGCAGUUGGCUCAGAUCCAGAGUUUGCCCGCUAUGUGGCUGGGGUCAGCCAGGCCAUGCAACAGAAAAGGCAGGCGCAACACUUUCGUCGCCCCAGCAACACACGUAGCAACUGGUCUCAUCCUGAUGACCUGCACAGGACCUGGCCCUUCCCAGAGUAUUUCACAGAUGGGGAGAUGACCAAUAGCUGGUCAGGGACUCAGGGGGACUCUGCCAGUUCCAGUGAUGAGGCCUCCUCUGCCAAUGGAGACAGUUUGUUUUCCAUGUUCUCAGGGCCUGACAUCGUGGCUGCUGUCAAACAAAGAAGAAAACACAGCAGCGGGGAACAAGACACAAGCACACUUCCUUCACCACCACUCCUUUCCACCGUGGAUGAUCAUAACCAGGACAAUAAAACUAAAACGUGGCCCCCAAAGGCUCCUUGGCAACAUUCGCAGCCAGGCCAGAAUAUGUCUUUCUAUCAGCUAAGCAGCCCUGCCAGCCACUGGAACGACCCCAUGCAGAUCCUACCAUCUCCCGUUUGGUCAGCCGCCAACGACUGCACUCCGCCCGCAGGGAUGGCCUCCCCGUUUGCCUACAGCCAGCAGCCUCAGCAGUCGCCUCCAUUGCCCCCGUCUCAGCACAAGCAGGGGCACAAGGGCUUUAAGUCUUUCCCGGGCAAGCAUGAGCGUCGGCCGUCCUACCUACCGCAGUACUGACGCGCCUCCGUUUCCUCCCGGCCAGAGAAGCAGCUGAGGACCAAAGUCUUUGGUAUGAUCCAGGCUUGCUUUGUUUCUGUCUGCUGGAUGUGAUGUGGGGUGACAGCUUUGGUAGUGAGUCUCUCAUUCCUUGCAGCACUUGGCACACAGUGUCUACACAACUCUAAACUGUGACCCUUUCAAAGCAUAUGGACUCCCCGGUAACAAAUGGUGACACUCUUACUUACCACAGAAACACUGUAUUUUAUAGCUAUUUUUUCAUAUAGAUUUAUAGUUACCAUUUCUUGCUAAAACAGAUUUGAGUAUUUUUAAGCCAAUCUAGCAGUUUUGCUCAAUGCUCAUUUUCUUCAGAUUUCUAAUUGACAAAAUUAUAAAGUCUUCACUCUGAUUUUCACAAGCUGUGGUAGCUUUUUUAAUGCAGCAGUUGUCAAUAUGCCGCACAAACUCUUUGAAACAGGAGUAGGGCAAACAACAACUGAAAAUCUAAUUCUUUCCAGUUAUUUAGUUUGUGCAAAACAGCUGGAAACUGCUCAAGGUCUGUGAAGUGAUCUGGCCAAUCAGUGAACACCCUCCACCUCCAUAAAGUCCUUUCGGUGGAGUUAUGACACUACAUUUGAUACUUUUACAUUUGGCCAAAGGCAUUAUCCAUACAGUGCUCUUUAAAUAUAUGAAAGAAUAGUUAAGACUACUUGCAAAUAUAAGUCUUAUUUCAGUGCUAGACUUAGUGUGUAAAAACAUGAGCUGGCUCAGAAUAGAGAGAACUUAAAACGCUAUUUUUUUGUAGUGCUAAGAAUUAAAAUAAACUACGUUCAGUCAAUAUGUGCCAUUAAAUAAAUGAACCUGUGGAAUUAGAAAUAUCUUCCAACCAAAGUGGAUCUGGGGAAUGAUUGGUGCUUCAAAUGGGAAAAAGGUAAAUAUGUAUAGUGAUCCCAUUGUAUAUUAAUUGAAGUGAGAGAAGUCUUUAUAAAACCUAUUUAAAUUUUCAUAUUUCAUCUUUGAAAGAGUAAUUAUAAACCACAAUAUUUUCUGGUAUAAAGGUUUUUGACAGUAUUAAUAUUAUUUUUAUAUUUUCUUAAUUCAUAUCAUUCUAAUACAUUGACAAGUAAAUGGGUUAUUAGUUAUAAAUACACAUAGUUUUUGAUGAAGAUAAAAGCACAUUUAAGUUCCCAUUUUCUACAAACUUACAUGUGUGUAUUAAA